UGGCCAGCAGGGGAAGACAUACCACAAGGCGUCCGACGACGAAGACGCAGUGGGUGUAAACAAAGCAGCAUGGACGAAGCGGCCGAGCAUUAAAACGAGAUUUUGAUGCAAUGGUUGACAUGGACGCCGUGAAGGAACGACUAGCUCAUUUCGCAUUAGAAGCUCACGCUGGAUUUAACGUUGCAGAUUUGUAUUUGAACAAAUCGGUGCCGUAUGUUGACGGCCCACCCGAGCCGCUUCACUUUUACCGCCAAUGGAUUGCUCCCAACAAGCCGUGCAUUAUACGAAACGCCUUCAGUCAUUGGCCGGCGCUGUCCAGGUGGACGCCCGCGUACCUGAGGGAGAAGGUGGGCUCCAAGGUCAUCAGCGUGGCGGUGACCCCCAACGGUUACGCCGACGCCAUCAAAGACAAUCGAUUCGUGACGCCCGAGGAACGACGUAUGUGCUUUUCCUCCGUGCUCGACAUCAUCCAAGGAAAGGUGAAGGAGCGCGGCGUGUUCUACAUUCAGAAGCAGUGCUCCAACCUGCUGGAGGAGCUGCCCGAGCUGACGGCUGACAUGGAAGCGCACAUCGGCUGGAUGAGUACAGCCAUGGGAAAGUCGCCAGACGCCGUCAACUUCUGGCUCGGAGAGGCCGACGCGAUCACCUCCCUGCACAAAGAUCCUUAUGAGAACAUUUACUGCGUCAUCUCUGGACAGAAGGACUUCAUCCUGCUGCCGCCCACCGACAGACCCUUCGUCCCGUAUGGCCUAUACCAGCCUGCGGUUUACCGGCAGAAGGAAGACGGUGACUUUGAGGUGGUGGACCAGAGCGAUGGUGAAAAGGUGCGUUCGGGCGCUGGGUGGCUUGGUGGCUCCCGCAAUCUCUCUGACACUUUGGCCCGCCGCUGCGGCCAGCUGCCGUGGAUCCCCGUAGACCCGCUGGAUCCAGACCUAGAGCGCUACCCCUCGUACGCGCGAGCGCAGCCGCUCCACUGCAGCGUGAAGGCGGGAGAGAUGCUCUACCUGCCGUCCUUGUGGUUCCACCACGUGAGACAGUCGCACGGCUGCAUCGCAGUGAACUUCUGGUACGACAUGGACUUUGACAUCAAGUACAACUACUUCUCGCUCCUGGACGACAUCACAACCAUCACCUCCCAACACUGAGCUGACCGCCAGGCUGCAUUACACCGCAAAACCACACGAGAGCACCAGGAGUCCCCUCACAAUCUGAACGCUGAUUAAAGAUAAUUACUUAAUAUUAAAGUUAUAUCGGACAUUGUCAAUGUA